CGGGGCUGAGCGCCGGGCGGCCGGGGCUGCUCGGCCCCGGGGGGGGCACCCGCCCGCCCGCCCGGCGCCGCACCCGGCUCCGCAGCCGGCACACGGAUUUACGGCGCGGAGCGCAGCCUGCGGAGCGGCCCGGCAGGAAUGGAGGGAUGCAGGUACGGCUGGGAGCAGCAGGACACCAGCACAGCCCUGCGGGGAUAGGCCUGGAGGUGAUUGCUUGUGAGGACACAGCAGGAGCCCCCCAGAGCCCGGAGGAACGUGGGAUCUCACUGGGAGCAGGGAGAGCUCCCCCUCUUCCCCGUCACCUGCCGUGUUUUCAGGGAUCUACACCAGGAUUUGGAGCCUGGAGGCGUCUUAGUGCCAUAGGACUGCUGGAGAGCCUGACAGCGAUGGGGGACCCGCCAGCGAGGAGGGCCAUUCCUCCAGGAGGCCCCGCACAGCCGUGAGCCCUGGCUGCUGGCGGCGGAGGGUGCCUGGGGCUGGGCUGCUCAGCCAGCCCUGGGCUGGGGGCAGAGGCACGGUGCCUGCAGGGCACGGCCGCUGAGGGGCGAAGGGCUGCCGUGGGCGCUGCAGGGGCAGCCCCGAGCCCCGGGACGGUGGGGCUGCCAGCCGAGCCUCUGCUCCUGCAGGCGCCUCUCCCCGGGGCGGCGGCGGGGGACAGGGCGGCGCUGGGCCCCUGGGCCGGCCGCGGAUGCGCCCCCGCGCCGCGCCGGCGGGAGCGCUCCCCUAGCGCCGAGGGCCGCAGGGCCGCCCGCCUCGCCAUGGUGCUGCCGCCGCCCGACCGGCGCCACGUCUGCCUCACCACCAUCGUCAUCAUGACCAGCAUGGCCUUCAUGGACGCCUACCUGGUGGAGCAGAACCAGGGGCCCCGCAAGAUCGGCGUCUGCAUCAUCGUGCUGGUCGGGGACAUCUGCUUCCUCAUCGUGCUGCGCUACGUGGCCGUGUGGGUGGGCGCCGAGGUGAAGACGGCCAAGCGGGGCUACGCCAUGAUCCUGUGGUUCCUCUACAUCUUCGUGCUGGAGAUCAAGCUGUAUUUCAUCUUUCAGAAUUACAAAGCGGACAAGAAGAACCUGGAGACGGUGGCCAGGAAAGCUCUGACCCUGCUGCUCUCCAUCUGUGUGCCGGGGCUCUACCUGGUGCUGGUGGCCUUGGACAGCAUGGAGUACAUACGGACCUUUCGGAAGAAAGAGGACCUGCGGGGACGCCUCUUCUGGGUGGCCCUCGACCUGCUGGAUAUCUUGGACAUCCAGGCCAACCUGUGGGAGCCACACAGGACCGGCCUGCCCAUCUGGGCAGAGGGGCUCAUGUUCUUCUACUGCUACAUACUCCUCCUGAUCCUGCCUUGCGUGUCCCUCAGUGAGAUCAGCAUGCAAGGGGAGCACAUUGCCCCGCAAAAAAUGAUGCUCUACCCCGUCCUCAGCCUGGUCACCAUCAACAUCGUCACCAUCUUCAUCCGGGCCAUCAACAUGAUCUUGUUCCAGGACAGCAGGGUCUCCACCAUCUUUAUCGGCAAGAACAUCAUCGCCAUCGCCACCAAGGCGUGCACCUUCCUGGAGUACAAGCGGCAGGUGAAGGAGUUCCCGCAGAACGCCAUCGCCCUGGAGCUCCAGCAGAACUCCCUCUCGCACAACCAGACCCUGCACAGCGCACAGGGCAUCCCCCACGAGCCGUCGCCCACCAGCGAGAUCCUGGACACAUGAGGGUGCCCCGGGCCGGCGGUGGUUCAGACGGCCCCGUGCCGAGCGGAAGGGGGAUGCCGCUGCUUUCCUGCUGCCCGCUGCAAGCACGACAGACAAAUCCCGGCAGUGAGGGCUCUUCUGGGCACAGGAACACCAACAGCGUUCCAAUUGAGCUAUGGAGUGUCCUCUAGACGUCUUCAUCUCAGGUACAACCCUAGGAGUCCUCCACACAAACCAAAUGGACUUGCGAAGGACCUGAACCAGCUGACCCUCUCUCCCCCUCCUGCCACCAUCUCCCCUCCCGAGCAAAGACUGCUAAGGUUGCAAUGUCCCUUUUUACUCCCCGAGCACCUCACCUUUACUCCAAGCCUGGAUCGAAGAUUUUGUUACUGGAGACCUUUUUACGGGGCGGGGACAAGGGCAUAGGGGUGCGGACUGGGGGGAGGGUGGGGCGUUUCAAGCAGUAAACCCUGUGAUCGUAGAUGUCUCUUAUCUCCAAUGGUUGUGUUUACAGUUUCCUAUUUAUAGCGGCUCCGGGGGCUCUCAGGCUGCCCUGGGGACAGUGUCCUCCAGGUGGGUGAGCAGGGAGCCCUGCCGUGGGGAGCGGGGCUGGGGCUGGCGUGGCUGCCCUGGCCCGGGCUGAGGAGGGCUGAGCCUCCACCAGCGCCCUGCACCAGCUCUGCCAGGAGCAAUAUCUGACGGGCUAGGGCUAAUCUAAUGCUGGUGUUUUAUGUAUUUCGUUCACUCCAAACGACUCAGCACAAUAUUUCUAUUUUUAGAAGGGUCCCUGUCUCUCUCUCUCCCUGCCAUGGAGAGCCUCCCUGCCUGCAGCAGCCCGAGCAGCCUCCCCAGCCCCAGCACUGCUGCUGGCAGGCAGGGGCACCCACGAGGGAUGUGGAACAAGGAUGGCGAGGAUGCAUUUCACUCUGCCAGCGAGCAUUUAUAAAGAAGGCUGCUUUCCACAGCUACUAUAUUUUUAAAAUAAAUAUUAAAAAAGGAAAAAAAAAAAAAAAAAGAAGAACAAAAAACCCAACCAAACCCCAGAACAGAGCUGGGAAGAAUGUGCUGCCCCAGGCAGGUGGGUGGUGCUGAGGGGCUCAGCCAGGGUGGGAGGCGAGGGCCAGCCAAACAAUAAAAGCCCCAUGAGAGCAA